GAUGGGAAUGAGCUGUGAUUCUCUGGGAUCAUUAUAUAUUUUGACUAUAUUUUGACUAUAUUUUGACUAUAUUUUGACUAUAUAAUAAUAGGGCUUACAUUCGUUUUUCUUUAUUUCGUUUCCUGUCCCCGAAGCAAGCUAGCAGCUGGCUGUACUGGCUUCUCGUCUCAACAUGACUAGGCAACCCCUAGCUAGUGAUCUACCAAGCUCGGUUGUAUCAGAGAAGGACUUUUUGCCUUCUCAUCCCUCCCGAAAUGUUGCUGUCGGCCCCGGAAGGGAGACGGGCCAUUGGUCUCAUCGGCGCUGGCGCUCGAGAGUAGGGUACAUGGGCUUGUUGUUUCUGGCUGCCCUGCCAAUUAAAUAUUAUUUUUGGCCAUGUGAAAACAACCGCCUCGCCGGAACUAGCCCAAGUUCCCCUCACACGCUGGCUCCAUCUAUCUGCCAGACACCAGAAUGCGUCCAUGCAGCUUCCGAGAUUCUCUAUAAUCUGGAUCCCAAUUAUGCCGACAUCGACCCUUGCACCGAUUUCGACCAAUUUGUCUGUGGGGGCUGGAGGGAGCGCCAUGAUAUGCGCUCGGAUCAAGGCUCGUUGUUUGCAGGGACUAUCAUGGCCGAGGAGUCCCAGACAAAGCUUCGUCAUAUCCUUGAGGCGUCUAAAGCACCGACUGCUUCCUCCAGCAGCUCGGAUGAUGCCGAUAAUUUCAACAAGCUGAAGGAUGCAUACGAUGCCUGCAUCAAUGAUGCUACAAUCAAGGAACGGGGGAAGAAGCCGGUGGACGACAUGUUGGCGAGUCUUGAAAAGAUCUACUCGGCGAGCUCUUCCUCUACCAAAGGUCCGACCAAGCACUUGACAGACGCCAUUCUGUAUUUGAUGGAAGGUGGCGUGGAAGCCCUGGUCUCCCCUUACGUUACUCCCGACGAUCGCAACCCUGACUCGGUUGCCAUUUUCGUCACUCCUCCGCGUGCGAUCGGGCUUCCCGCCCGUGAAUACUAUAAUAACACCGAGCUAGUUUCCGAAUACGGCACUGUUGUACGAAAGGUCCUAGGCGCGUUCCUUGGAAAAGAAAGCGGGGAUCUGGCCAGUGACCUUGUCGCCUUCGAGUCCAAGCUGGCCGAUGUGACUCCCGAUACCCAAACUCAGGAGGACGUGACUCAGUACUAUAAUCCCAAGACCCUUAAAGAGACCUCCUCGUUGCUUCCGGAAGUAUCGUUUGCCGAUAUCAUCUCUGCUCUGGGACCCUCGAAGUUCAAGACAGACCGUCUGAUCGUUGGCUCGCCCUCAUAUAUGAAAUCACUUUCUGAGAUCUUGGCCACCACUUCUCGAGAGACAGUACAGAAUUUCUUCAAGUGGAAGAUUAUCCAGACGUAUGCAGAUACCAUUGAGCAUGCCUCCGUCACGCCCCUUCGGGAGUUUAACAACAAAUUAAAGGGCAAGGACCCCCAGGCGAGCGAGGAGCGGUGGCGCAAGUGUAUCCGUGUCAUGGACGAUGACCUCGGCUGGGUACUGAGUCGCUUCUAUAUUCUUGACUCCUUUUCCGAGGACUCUAAGAAGCUGGGAGACCAGAUCGUCUCGGACAUCAAGGAGCGCUUCAUCUUCACCCUCCAACAGACCUCGUGGAUGUCCUCUGAGGUGCGCAAGAUGGGCAUUCAAAAGGUGGAAAACAUUGUCCAGAAGAUCGGAUAUCCGACCAGGAGCCCCAAUGUUCAGGAUCCCAAGGCUGUCAAAGAGUACUACAAGAGCCUCCCAAUCUCCCACGAGACCUUCUUUGAAAACCGAGUGGAGGCGGCCAAGUUCGCUCUGCGGGAGGAAUGGUCCAAACUUGGCAAGCCGACCAACCGGGACGAGUGGGAGAUGACAGCCCCAACGGUCAACGCCUACUACAACCCUCCAGGAAACGAAAUUGUCUUCCCCGCAGGCAUCAUGCAACCUCCGACCUUCUACGGGCCCUCGGCCCCGCUGUACCUAGCUUAUGGAGCCUUUGGGGCGGUCAGUGGACAUGAGCUCUCCCACGCGUUCGACUCGACGGGCCGUCACUACGAUGAAACAGGCAACUACACCGACUGGUGGGAUUCCGAAACGGUGCAGGCAUUCGAGGACCGGGCCCAGUGCUUUGUGGAUCAGUAUUCCAACUUCACCGUACCGGGGACGGGGUCGGAGCCCCUCCACGUCAACGGGCGGUUGACUCUGGGCGAGAAUAUCGCCGAUGCAGGUGGCCUGGCGGCUGCAUUCCAUGCAUGGAGGAAGCGGGAUGAAGCCUCCCCGGAUCCGCUGAUCCCGGGUCUUUCCACCUUCAGCAAGGAGCAGCUGUUCUUCGUUUCCUACGCGAGCUGGUGGUGCAGCAAGACGACCCGCGAAGCCGCAGAGGAGGCCAUCUUCAACGAUCCGCAUGCCCCGAAGCCGGCCAGAAUCAUUGAAACCAUGGCCAACUCUCGCGAAUUCAAGGACGCUUUCAACUGCCCCAAGCGGGAUCCCGUCUGCAAGCUGUGGUAGUGAUUAACCCAGUUG